GACUUUUAUUUACGAAACACUCAUUAACUAUCUGCUUAGUUUGUUCAAUUUCAUGCAAUAUCUGUAAUUGAACAACUGAUAUGUCGAGCUAUUUAUGCUUAGUCGUGCUUGGCCAGUCCAGUUUCACUGAUUUAAAGCCAUGAAGUGUUCACAAUGUUUUGUAUUUAUUUUAUCAAUUAUUAUAUUAUGCUUUGUUUUACAAGUGGAAAAUAAAAAAAUAUUUAAAAUCAAUACCUCAGGAGAUACUUCAGUUUUAAUUCCUCCACACCUGGUUGAGCUUGCUGGAAGGCUGAAAUAUAUAACUCCCAAAAAGGACGCAGAUGCAGGUUGUAAAAUUUGUGAGAACGCAGUCGAUGGCAUUAUUGCUUUAAGAAGAAGUAAUGCAACGAGAGACGUAAUGAUUGACUAUUUAAACCAUAUCUGCGUUCUAUUUACGAGUUGGGGUAUAGAAGGAUGUACAGGCAGGGUCAAUAUCGAAACGGACACUAUUUUAUAUAUAAUCGACCAUCGACAAGAUCUAACAGCAGCCAGGUUUUGUGCUAUUUAUUUCCAGAACUACGGAUGUGAAGAUCCAAAUGCAGACUCAUGGAGUAUUCCUUUACCUCCAGUUCCCACCACACGAACUCAAAGAAAGCAUCAGACUGACACAGGCAAUAUUCAAAUACUGCAAAUUACAGACGUUCAUCUGGAUCCGCUCUAUUCUCCAGGGAGUAAUUCCAAGUGUUCUGAACCUUUGUGUUGUGAAUCAGGAACUCCUGCUAAUGCUGAAGACGCUGCUGGCUAUUGGGGGGAUUACGCUGUUUGUGACAUGCCGUGGCAUACUAUUGAUAACAUGAUGGAUCAAAUUAAGAAAAAUCAUGAAGAUAUUGACUUUAUAUAUUUCACCGGGGAUAUAGUAAGUCAUAGAACAUAUGCCACGACCGUUCAAGGAAACCAGGAAACUAUUAAAUUAUUAUUUGAAUUGCUGGAAAGAACGUUCCCAGAUAAAACGGUUUACCCAAUAUUGGGCAAUCACGAACCACAUCCCGGAGAUUUCUACUCACCACACGACGUUCCAACAAGUUCCAAUGUUUCUACUCAAUGGUUAUUAGACUUGGUAGCAGAUGAAUGGUCGAGAUGGCUACCAAAUGCGGCACAAACCACAAUAAAACAAGGCGGUUUUUACACAGUAUUGGUGAAACCAGGUUUCAGAAUAAUUGCGUUGAAUAGCAACGUUUGCUUCACGUCCAAUUUAUGGUUAAUUUACGCAAACAUUGAUACUUUCGGCCAGCUGCAGUGGCUGGUGGGAGUUCUAACUGAGGCAGAAAAUAACGGGGAAAAAGUACACAUAUUGUCUCAUGUUCCAUCUGGUGAUGAUGUCUCUUCUUGUGUGAAAAUAUGGAGCAGAGAAUUUAAGAAGAUUGUCCUAAGGUUCUCUAAUACAAUCACGGCUCAAUUCAAUGGACACACUCACAUGGAUCAGUUUGUAUUGUUCCUCAAUGAAUCAGAUGAGGUACAAUCAGUGGCUUACAAUGGAGCAAGUUUUGCAACUUUCAUUGGAUCGAAUCCCAACUAUAGGAUCUAUGAUUUGGACAAUAGUAAUUUUACUGUGACUGACUAUAGUGAAUACACUUUCAACCUUACUGAAGCAAACAUCAAUGCGGAAUCGUCACCUAACUGGUAUAAACUUUACUCGUUCAAAGACGCCUAUGGAUUACCCGAUCUUACGCCAAAAUCGCUCGGAAAUUUAUACACCCAAAUGGCGAGCAAUAAUAGCGACAAUGCAUUAGUAGACAAGUAUUUCCGGUACGUGUACAGAGAUAGCGAUGUAUACAUUAAAGAAGGCUGUGACCAAAAAUGUAAGAAAAAAUUAGUUUGUCUACUGGUUGCUUCUGAGAGCAGCCAAAGUAUGGUCUGUUAAAAAAUAAACGCAUUGUGUUUUAGUGACGA